CUCUCACCCGUCAAAAGAGAGUCAGACUACUUGACGUUUUAAUGUUUUCCUCAACGUGAGAAAAUUUCCCAAUCGCUUUGCCUUUUCUCCGUCACCGACCUCAAUCAUCUGGGUGGGUUCCUUUCUUUUUCUUUUUUUUUUAAUCUGGGAAAUUUCUGAUCAUGAAUCAUCCACGGUUCUAGGUUUUCUUCGAUCAUCUGAUUUUUCGAUAAACCUAUCAACUCAAGGAUAGUCAGUUCAUCAUUGAUUUCUGUAAGCCCUAAAAAUAUGUACAGCAAUUUCAAGGAACAAGCCAUCGAGUAUGUCAAGCAAGCGGUUCAAGAGGACAAUGCUGGGAACUACAAUAAGGCUUUCCCUCUCUACAUGAAUGCCCUCGAGUACUUCAAGACUCAUCUUAAGUACGAGAAGAACCCCAAGAUCAGAGAAGCUAUCACCCACAAAUUCACCGAGUAUCUUCGCCGCGCCGAGGAGAUCCGUGCCGUUCUAGACGGUGGUGGAUCCGGGCCCGGAUCGAACGGCGACGCAGCUGUCGCCACGAAGCCCAAGACCAAACCCAAAGACGGCGAUGGCAAAGGAGAUGGAGAGGACGCGGAGCAAUCCAAGCUCCGAGCUGGGUUAGACUCUGCUAUCGUUAGGGAAAAGCCUAACGUUAAGUGGUCCGAUGUUGCUGGCCUUGAAAGUGCCAAACAAGCGUUGCAGGAAGCUGUGAUUUUGCCCGUCAAGUUUCCACAGUUUUUCACCGGAAAGAGGCGGCCAUGGCGAGCUUUUCUGCUCUAUGGGCCUCCCGGAACCGGGAAAUCGUACUUGGCCAAGGCUGUUGCUACUGAAGCAGACUCUACUUUUUUCAGCGUAUCUUCAUCGGACUUGGUCUCGAAGUGGAUGGGUGAAAGUGAAAAGCUUGUAUCGAACCUUUUUGAAAUGGCCCGUGAGAGUGCUCCGUCAAUCAUUUUCGUCGAUGAGAUAGAUUCUUUGUGUGGUCAACGUGGAGAAGGCAAUGAGAGCGAAGCUUCAAGACGUAUCAAAACAGAGCUUCUUGUGCAGAUGCAGGUGCAUUUGGGAGAUACUCCUCAUAAUUUGAAUGAAGCGGAUUUUGAAUAUUUAGCUCGCAAGACGGAGGGAUUUUCUGGUUCGGAUGUGGCAGUUUGUGUCAAGGAUGUUCUGUUUGAACCUGUUAGAAAAACCCAAGAUGCCAUGUUCUUCUUCAAAUCUGCUGAUGGGAUGUGGAUACCAUGUGGGCCUAGACAAUCUGGUGCCAUUCAGAUUACAAUGCAGGAUUUAGCAGAAAAAGGGCUCGCUGAAAAGAUUAUUCCACCGCCUAUAUCAAGACCAGAUUUUGAGAAGGUACUAGCAAGACAGCGACCGACAGUGAGCAAGUCGGAUCUUGACGUCCAUGAGAGAUUCACAAAGGAAUUUGGAGAGGAAGGUUGAUGAUCAAAUGGUUUGGCAUCGUUAGUGUCAGGGAAAAUCUCAGAGUUCCCGGUUAUGUAUGUACUAAGAACAAAUCGACUCUGCACAUCAUUCAACUAUAUUUUUCUUUCUAAUUGUGUAAAUUAUCUCAGAGAUAAUGAUUGUUGGGUUAUUAAACAUAUUUUUUUAUAUAUUUUACCCUCUAAUAAACAUAUUUUUUUUAUAUAUUUUACCCUCUAAUAAACAUAUUUUUCAAUUUUUGUAGCCUC